UACAGGAGUCGAUGGGACCUCAGACCCCAGCACUCAGCAAACCGUGGCUGGAAUCGCCGGAUGCCCUGGGACCUGCCCCGUAUGACCCUGGCGCCGGCUUCGCGAUCUUCUACGACUUCCUGCUGGGCUUGGACCCCACCGUCAUCCAGGUGCGCCUGGUGGCCGGGCUUUACCGUGAUGGGCAAGAGAUGGGCAGGCCAACCCCUCUCCCCAGCGCUGAUUGCGAUGUGGCUCAGGCCCCGCGGUACCUCGUGGAUGGGCAGAGAGGCAACAGGGCGAUCCUGGCCACCAAGCAGCCGGUUCCAAGGGUCCGUCCCUCCACCUCCAUCGCGCUGGUGGUGGAGCUCCAGGCUGCCGGGGGCUUUGACGCCUACGGGCUGGAGAUCCAGCGCUUGGCUUCCCGCGGGUGGGCCAAGAUCACCCUCUUUGACCACCUGCACCAAGUGAUCAGCGGCCGAUGGAAGAUCCCCGUCCGGGUCCUGCCCGUGAAGCCAGGGCUCACGAUGGAGCAGCUGAACGGGGUCCCUCAGGCUGGCAAGACAGAGCUCUACCUCCGAGUGGUGAACGCGAGAGACGCCGACGUGCAGUCCCUGGCCGAGGUCGACCCUGGCAAUGCCGCCCUGUACCGCUUCCCUCCCACGGUGUCCAGGCGUAUGGCACCCCCCGAGGACAGCUCUCCAGCCCCCUUCCACCCCGCUCCUGCCAGCCUGUCCCUUUCUAUCCCCCCUUACACUGGCUUUGUUGACCCGCCUCCUAUGCUGGAGCAGCCUGUCCGGCACAAACCUGAACAGAGGUGAGAAAGGGGACGAGCCAACACCCCCUUCCCUCCCCCCUCCAGCUGAGUCAGCAAGGUGAUGGGAAAGUGCCAAAAACCAGCAUCAUAAAGGGACGGUAAAAAUGCAUAUAAACAGCUGUAGUGUAGUGUGUGUGUGUGUGUGUGUGUGUAUGGGGGUGGGGGGGUAAAUCUAUGUAUAGGGAACUUGUGGUAGGAAGGUUAUAUUGGCACUCCUUUGAGAUGGCUGCAUUCCUCGGGGGCGGCGAGGGCACGGCCAGCUCGAAGGGUUGAACAAUAAUAGGCCAUUGUUAGCAGCAUUUACCGAGCGCGUCGACAUCCGAG